AUGGGAAGAAAAUUUCUGAAGUUCUUUGGAUUAGAUAAAGAAAUAGAAGUUGCAGAUGAUGAAUUCGAUGAAUUUCGCCACUUAUUGUCAAAUAGUGCAGCGGAAUUUAUAUAUAAACGACUCGAAGUAUUAGAAAAGCAGAUACCUGGAUUUCAAGAUCAACUUUAA